GGGGCGGCAUACAAAUAAAAUGAAUCUGAAUCUGAAUCUAGACUCGCAGAGGAAGGUGGAAAGCAAGGAGACAACCAGAUCAGGUCUGGAGAUAAGAACGGCUGGGCAGGAGGCUUAUUACCAGGAAGCAAUCCAUUUAGAACUGACUUGGAGUGACAACUACGAAAAGAUAAGAACUAGGCACGCAACCGAAGGUCUAAUGGCCAACGGAAUGAGCCUUGUCAGGGAUGAAACGGGAAGCUUCAAUCAACUCCGCUAUUCCUGCAAGUUCUGAUUGGAUUCUGGCAUCUCCUCUUCCUCAGCCCAGUUUGCAGUGGGGGGAAAACCGUGAGUAAAGUGCCUCUCUGAGCAAUCCGGUCAUGUUUUUGCACCAGGCUGAACUGGAUCAUUCGCUGCUCUUCUACAUGGGAGCCACGGUGCUCUACGGCGGGACCAUUUUUUACCGGGCGAAGAAGAACCGGGUGGAGAAAGCCCCUCCUUUCCGCUGGGGUCUCCUGCUGCUUUUGACCCUGGAGGUCCUCUGCUUCGCCACCUUGAGAAGCUCUCUGGGCUUGGCUCUUUUCUCCCUGGCAUGUCUGGUGUUUUGCUUGUACACUCCAGCGCAAGCAAUGUUGCCCGUCGGCGGUAAAGCGGUGCUGAUCACAGGAACCGACUGUGGGAUCGGCCAUGAACUCGCCAAGCACCUUGACAGUUUAGGGUUUACUGUCUUCGCCGGCGCCUUAAAUGCAUCGGGGCCCGGGGCCAGAAAGCUGAAGGAGGCCUCCUCCGAAAGACUUUCCAUCCUGCAGCUGGAUAUCACCAGUUCUGCGCAAAUCCAGGAGGCUUAUCUCGAAAUAAGACGGAAGUUGCAACAAGGAGAGCUUUGGGCUGUUAUCAACAAUGCAGGGAUCCUGGGCUUCAUUGCUGACGGAGAACUGCUCCCCAUGAGUUCUUACAAGCAGUGCAUGGAAGUAAAUUUCUUUGGCCCUGUUGAAAUAUCCAAAGUGUUCUUACCGUUGCUCCGGAAAUCCAAGGGAAGGAUUAUUAACGUCUCGAGCAUGGCAGGAGGAAUCCCAAUGCCACGGUUUGCUGCCUAUGGCGCCUCCAAGGCAGCCCUCUCCAUGUUUUCUGGCGUUAUGAGGCAGGAGCUGUCCAUGUGGGGCAUCAAAGUUUCCGUUCUCCAUCCAUCAGGCUUCAAAACAUCAAUCGGGGGGAAUCCCGAAGACUGGAAAAAGGAAGAGCAGAUGAUUAUGGACGGCCUAGCUCCAGAUGUGAAGAAAGAUUAUGGCGAGGAUUACAUCCACAACCUGCGGAUGUUCUUCGGUAAUAUGGAUACGAUUUCCUCAUCCGACUUCUCGCCUCUCUUCGUCGAUGUUCUGCAUGCUUUACUGGCCGAGCAACCCAAAGGUUUAUACACUCCAGGCAAAAACAGCUACACCUUCCUCCUCGUGUUCUGUUAUUUUCCUCUCCGGUUUUAUGACUUUUUGAUGAGCAAAAUAAUGGGCAGCCCUCACGUGCCUUACGCGCUCCGAACGGCGGAGGGGAAAAAGCAGUUGGUCAAUUGAGCGAGAACUCUGCCGCGCCCUUCAACAGAUGGAAGUCGGUAGCCCCUCAAAUUUUUCAAUGGUUCGUGCCCUUUAUUUGAUAAGUUUGUUCAGCUAAUUUCGCCACCUAGGA